GAAAAGUACUUCAAGUGAAAAUUUAUUCCCUAAAGAAGAAAGCAAGAUGCAACAGCUGACAAAGUCCUCAAAGAAAGAUUACAAGACUCAAACAUCUGUUAAGAAAGUUGUUGUCAAUGGAACUAUGGAAGAACAAGAAAAGACAAGCAAGUAA